AUGGCGAGCAGUAGUAGACGUCGACUAAGUUUUGUUGAUUUUCCUGAUCCACAAGUAUGGCAUAAAUUGAUUGAAUAUGCUGAAGUGACUAUUACUUUUACUAAAUUGAUUACUGAUUUUACAAAUCAAUGGGCUAAAAUAUGUUUUUUGGCAUCAUCUCAAUUACAUCAACUUGUAAGUGAUUUUCGUAAAAAAACUGAAACGGAAAUUCGUGACAAAUGUCAUUUACGUGGUAGAAUGUACGAUUUGUGGGAAUCAUUAUUACUUGAAUCUGAAUUAGAAUCACAGUCUUUAAAAAAAAUGGCAUGUUUAAUGGAAAAAGAAAUUUGUACACCAUUAGCAAGUUUUAUAACAAAUAAAAGUGUUGAAUUAUCUGUAAAUAGACAACAUCGUUGUGAUCUUCAUGAAAUAUUAGAAACAAGUCAUGCUAUUGUUCAAGAUUUGCAAGAAGGAUAUGCAACGAUAUACAAUGAUUCUGGAGUUACACCUGAAUUUCAUCAUGCUCAUAAUCAAUAUGUUAUUGAAUUGGUUGGUGCCAAUGGUCUUUUAUCAAAAUAUCAAUAUUAUGUUUUACCACAACUUCUUCAAGGAAUGGAACAAUCACAAAUUGAUGUUAUUGAUACAGUUUGUCAAAAUUUACAAUUAUUUGCUUCUCUCAUAGAAAAUUAUCAUGAACAACGUCAUCGUAGUUUUGCAUCAUUUGUUGUAACAAGUACAACAACAGAUCCAAAUGAAGAAUUAGAAAAUUAUAUAUGUUCAAUAAAUGAAUCAGGUGGCGAGCCAUCAACACCACCAAUUAAUAUUGAAUUUGAAAUAUUUCACUCUCCAGUUAAUAAACUAACUACAUAUGAUUCUCGUUUACAACAUUUAUCACCACAUACUACUGAGCAAUUAAUUGUUUAUGCAGCACCAAUUAUUCAAUCACAAUUAUCAUUACGUUGUAGAGAAACAGCUGAACGUUUAAAAGAAGUAAAAAAGGAGAAAUCAGCAUUAUUAGCUGUUGUUAAUAAAACACUCACAAAGCAUCAUCAACAACAUGAAGAUCAACAACAAUCAGAGAAAAUCUUGCUUAAUCAUAUGCAGGGUUUUAUGAAAAAGAAACAUCAAUUACGUUUAAUUGAACUUGAAGAAUCUGUAUUAAUAGCACAGGUAAAAUAUAUUAUUCUAUUUUAUUUUACGUUUGACAAGCAAAGUAAAAAAAAAACCUAACAGUUAAAUAAAGAAAAAUCUCAGAAAAAAAAAUCCAUGACGUUUGUUUAUAAUAAUGACAUUUUUUUUUCUUCUGUCGUUAGUUUUCUUCAAAAUGAUAAUGACCACUCUGAUAGAUAAGAUAUAAUAUCAAUAUUUGCUUAAAAAACAUCAUUCUCAUCAUAAGAAAUGUUUGUCAUUGUAUCAAUGAGAUCAUUAUUUCAUAAAAACAAUCAUGUAUUGAAACUUGCUGAUGCCUACUCUAAAGGCAUAUAUAUAUAUAUAUCUAUAUCUAUAUAUAUACAUCAAGUAAUGGGUAAUGCCAUUAAAUCAAUGAAAUCGACCGUAGUCUAUUAAAGAACAGAAGAGAAACAACAACUGAUUGGAUUUUUUUUUCUUUUCCUUUGUAGAAUAAUCCAUCUGUCAUAUGUCUAUGCAUAGCAAGAUGCUUUUGUCAAAUGCCGCGUCAAAUGUUUAAGCAUUAAAUGAGCGAGUAUUUGAGUGCUAGAUAUAGAUCGAUAUAAUGCGAUCGAGCGCAACAAACGAUAACAACUCGUGCCCACACAUACAUACACAUAUAUAUAUAUAUAUAAAUAUAUAUAUAUAUAUAUAGAAGCAGUAAGGACAAAAAGAGAACGCUUGAAGAAUCCAUCAGAUUGAUUAAUCGGCAGUUUCUUCUCAUUUGUAGACUCUAUCAUUGCUUUGUUUGUUGUUCCCUAUUAACACAUUCACCAUUUUUUUCUUCUUCUUGCUAACUUACGACAAUAUGCCCUAUGCAUAGUUCUUUGACAUCAUCUCAUAACAAAAAUAUGUGUAUAUGUUAGAAGAAUAAUAACAAAAUUAUAGACGACGACUUUACCGGUUUGUUUUCGACAAUUGACUUUUACUUGCAAAAGCAAAAAAACCUUAUGUUAUUCAAAUAUUAUUAUUAAGCUUUGUAUCGUAAGUUUUUUAUGUAAAGUAAAAGAAAAAAAAGGAGAUUCACUUGAAAAAUGGUCUCCUGUAUUUUGCAGACGUUCUUAGAACGAUUAAUAUAAAUAAAUGCUGUUUUCUUUUAGAUAGGUUUUACUUGUAGGGCGGAGUCACAGCACG